ACACCAUCCCUUAUGAAACGCUUUUUACUCGUAUUUCUGACCGACUUGACCAUAUCCUCUUUUUCUUCACCGCUGAGGUACUCACUUGUCUUAUUUAAGUAGCUGGGAGUGAGCAAGCUAACUCAUAACAUCUCACACAAAAUGGGUUCCAAAACUCUCUUCUUCAUUGCUCUCUUAUCCUUGUCUGCAAUCUCUGCUUUUGCAGAUGCAGCUGAAGAGACAGCUUCAGCUGGUCCAGGCCUUGUCAUGAACUUUUACAAAGACUCAUGCCCACAGGCUGAAGACAUCAUCAAAGAACAAGUCCAGCUUCUCUACAAGCGCCACAAGAACACUGCUUUCUCUUGGCUCAGAAACAUCUUCCAUGACUGUGCUGUUCAGAGAUGUGAUGCUUCAUUGUUGCUGGACUCAACAAGGAGGACUCUUUCUGAGAAAGAAACAGACAGGAGCUUUGGCCUCAGAAACUUCAGAUAUAUUGAGACUAUUAAAGAAGCUGUGGAGAGAGAGUGCCCCGGAGUGGUUUCCUGUGCUGAUAUCCUUGUUUUAUCUGGUAGAGAUGGAAUUGUUGCUCUUGGAGGCCCACACAUCCCUCUUAAAACAGGAAGAAGAGAUGGUAGAAAAAGUAGAGCAGAUAUACUAGAGCAAUACCUCCCUGACCACAAUGAAAGCAUGACUGUUGUUCUUGAAAGGUUUGCUGCCAUGGGAAUUGACACCCCUGGACUUGUUGCCUUGCUAGGAUCUCACAGUGUUGGCAGAACCCAUUGUGUGAAGCUGGUGCACAGAUUAUACCCUGAGGUUGACCCAGCCUUGAACCCUGGUCAUGUUGAGCACAUGCUUCACAAGUGCCCUGACCAGAUCCCAGACCCAAAGGCAGUGCAAUAUGUGAGAAAUGACAGAGGCACCCCCAUGAUUCUAGACAACAACUACUACAGAAACAUAUUGGACAACAAGGGACUCUUGAUAGUGGAUCAUCAACUAGCCACAGACAAGAGGACCAAGCCAUAUGUCAAGAAAAUGGCCAAGAGCCAAGAUUAUUUCUUCAAGGAGUACUCAAGAGCCAUCACUAAGCUCACUGAGAACAAUCCUCUCACUGGCACUGAGGGUGAGAUUAGGUUGCAAUGCAAUGUUGCUAACAAGCAUCAUUGAAUGUAGUCUUAGCUAAGCAAGUGUUGCUAGCAUAUGAGCUUUGUAUAUGAAAAGAAGCCAAAACCUCUACUUUUGCCUGCCAUGUGUGCAUGGUAAUCCAAGAUGGUGACAAAAUAAAUUGGCUGUUUCUAUUUGGCUUUUGCUAUGCUUUUCUAAGCCUUGGAUGUCUCUGGGCUAGCUCUGUUGUUUUAAUGUAGAUUUCCCUUCUUGUUUGCUUGA